CUGUUAAAAUAAUUUAUCACUUCCCUACAUUUUCAGAUUUUUUGAUUCCCUGCAAGAAUGUAGCCAGAACAUGAAUUUGAUGCUGGUUGGGUUCAACAUGACAGCAAUUAGCCUGACAGCUAUUCAAGUAAAAAUAUCUUUACGCUUAAGUCUCACCUAUGUCAACUGCAAUAUAUUUGAAUUACAGAUAAUUAUGCACUUCGAUAGACCUGCAGAUGCUAUGAGGUUUGUCUUGUUUCUCAUAGCUCAAAACUUUCAUUUGUUUGUAAUCAGUGCAAACGGACAGAUCCUAACAAACCAUGCCUUCUUGUUACCGGACAAAAUAUUCAGUUCGAAUUGGUACGAAAUACCGGUUAAGUUUCAGAAAUUACUUUAUACCAUGAUAAUAAGAUGCAACAGGCCAUGCAUCUUGAGCGCAGGAGGAUUGUAUGACAUGAACAUUGAAAACUUUGGGAAGGUAUGUACUAAUUAUGUUGGUAAUGCUUAUACAUGUAUGUUAAUGUCCAAUUUGUUUUGAUUAAAAGACAGUUAAAGCGUGCAUGUCGUAUUUUACGAUGUUUCUGUCACUGAGGAAUUGACUUGUAAGUAUUUAAUCUAACUGCAGUGACUAUACAAACAAAAUACUGCUACAAUAUUCGUAAGAUAAUCUACUUUUU